CUCCCUAUUAUGCCCCACCCGAAAUAUGGGCUCAACUCAGAUAAAACCCUCGACUCCCCUCGACUCCCCUCGACUCCCCUCGACUCCCCUCGACUCCCCUCGACUCCCCUCGACUCCCCUCGACUCCCCUCGACUCCCCUUGACUCCCCUCUGCUCCCCCUUUCUCCCCUCGGCUCCCCUCGACUCCCCUCGACUCCCCUCGAAGCACAACUUUUCUUUUUUUUCCCUCUUAGAAGGCUACACAAACAUAUUGGCAAUAUCGCGACCCACAGCGAUCAUUUGUAUUGACAGAAUGAGCGAAAAGUCGAAGUCGGACCGGCAUGCCGCAGCAAUCAAGCGUGUUAACAAGAUGAGAAGAAAGCUGGUGUCGGACCGUACUAUUCCUGGAGAAUUUGUCACCCGGCUUGACACAAGUUUGACUUUGACAUUCGGCCAGCCGUUGUCCGCUUCCGUCACAUCUGGCGCCGCCUCUUCGGACCUCCAACCACCUAAACCCCGUUGGAGAGACAAGAAUGCGCAGUAUGUGUAUCGAAAAAUCCUAAGAAUAGAUGUUCAUAUCUACCUACCCUUCGUACUUUCAACAUCCCCAAAAACCUGUGAAUCAUUGGAUGUUCCAGAGUUCGAUCGAGAUCACGUGGAUCGAUACAGGAUCGCGUAUAGCGAUGAAUGUAAAGAUCUUCUUGAGAGUCGGGCCAAGAAGGUUGGGAUUCAGAAUAGUAAAGACUAUCGUGACUUUAUAGGAGAGCUUUUUCCGUCAGAAUCGCGCCCUCGACCAUCCACUGAUGCCGAAAGCAACUCAAGCUGCAUAUACCGCCUCGCACGCGUCGCUUCUAUUCAGAAUGUAUUUGGUGUUCACAUUCAAAAGGCUGUGUCUACAUCUUUGAUCCAACUAAACGAAAGAGCGAAUGCUCACACGCCUGAAUCAACUGAAAGCGUCUGGUUGAUGUCGCCCAACCAGUCCAUGCACGAUGCUAUAUUUCGCUUGAAUAUAGGUUUCACGGAUGACCUUGCCAGGAUUCUGUUCCCACACCGCAGCCAAAAAUUUCCGUCUUUAUUUGGUUCGGAAACGUCCAGUCCGAUGUUGGGAUCUAAUCUAGAGCGUGCUGGGAAUGAGCUUAGCCAGCCAGUACCACUUGUUCCAACUCAAAAUGAGGACAACGCAUAUUUUACGUUGCGAGGUGCCUCUGUCGCCGCUAUUGCAUCAAUUUUCACACCCUACGUCUGCGAUGCCAUUGAAUGUAGUGAGCUAAGACUAUGGGAAUUGGACCAGUUGCUUUUGGAAACUACAGAUUGUGUCACACUAAAUGUUUGGCGAAGUCAGCCUCGAUUCGGAUUCAUUGAUCUGCGCGUUGGCUACUCUAUGAGCAUGUCUUUCCUCAACAACUUAUAUACAUAAUAUGAUAUCGUACCAUUCAUCACAUGACUCUGGAAGUUCCAUUCUUCACGACGACUUGGGUACUGGGAGGUAGAAUACCCUCGCCGCUUCCCUCCGUGAACCAAAUCUCACCACCAUGUGUAUCGUAGAAGGUGAUUUUUUCACAUUUGAAACAGACUACCCUCCUUUCGAUAUUUGCGUCUGAGUAGAUAUCCCGCAGAUGAUGAUUAUAUCCCAUCAGUUCGCUGGGUAGGUGAUCGUCGUUGAUCCGCUUCCAACCUUUGAUCUAUACGGGGUUAGGCCGCCAUUUUGAAACCAAAAAGUAGGAAUCACAUACUAAUGCAUUCUUUACCACGUCCCCGGAGCUCUCUGUCAUGUCUGUUGAGGUGAUGACGCCUUCUGGGUGUAUUCGGAACUAGUGAUUCCGCUAUAUUGUUCAAGUAUUCUUCUUCGAGUGUCAGUUCGGAGUCAGGACUCGGAGUUCUCUCGAGGAUCGAUACUUGGAAAUACCGUAGACGAGUUUUCAAAGAGGAGGUGAACACAUCGUGAGGACGAGUUAAUGUCGGACGAAAGGAGGGGUUAUCCGCGGUGGGAAAAUCUUGCCCAACCCCACCAUCGGGCUGAGGUAAGUUGGGAUGACCUAAACUGAUUAGUCAGUUCACCGAAUCAACCGAGCGACGAACUGAACACCAAGCGGCAAAUUUUGCGUCUAUCUGAACUUAAUCAUCUCCUUCACGUGUUAUUUUUCUCCAAUGUCCAAAAUGCCUCUAUCUCAAGGAAUUGGCAUUCAGAUGGCUAUUCUGCAAUAACAACUAAGAAAAAUCAAAGUCGAGAUUGAAGGCCGCUGAGACGUUUCAUGUGCCGGAAUUUACACUUGCGACUCAACGGAAGCAAAUCACGUGCAGAAAUACGCGACGACGGUCAUAAAUCAAUUUGGGAAAGAGAUAGAAACAACUAGGGGUUGACGAACGAGAAAUUUCAAUUUGGCCUAAUUUUCUACGCGGAACGGCGCAGCAGAUUUUCCGGGAACGGACACAAGAUCCUACUGCAACCCUUGGCAUUAACAAGGCCUAUCAGUUUAUUAAACGCCAUCCAGCGCUACGUACACGAUAUAAGCGGCGGAUCGAGUACCAGCGCACGACGCAGGAGGCCCAAAAUACCAUCGGACAGUCGUUUGCAAAUGUACGAGGGGCUAUCCGGGAG